UGGUCUCGCCGGCGCCUAAGUCCGCCCCGCCGCCGGGGAUCCCAUCGGCCUUCCCUUCAAAGCAGAGAACAAGCACUUGGAUCCCCCCAAGACCACAAGAGUCUCUGGCGGCUAGUCUGCAGCAACCAAGUGAAUCGGGUCCUACGGCUCAAGGUCCUUGUUGGGCACCGCCUGCCUGCAUCGGUGACUCUACAUCACCUUGGUACAUGGCUGGCAAUAUGGACUACUCUGAUCCACAAGUAUGGGGAGUGGAUUCUCACCCACCUGGUGGUUACCUUAGUUACUUUCAGAACACGGCAGGCCCCACACAACCUAUGCACAAUGGGAGUUCACCGCAACCAGUCAAUGCUGGCGAUGACACAAAUGGUGGUGAUUGUGGAAGGACCGAAAAACGCUUGCUAUGGAAAAAACAAGAAGAUCUUCGAUUGGUCAGUGCUUGGUUGAAUAAUUCCAAUGACCCAAUCCAAUCAAACUACAGGAAGAAUGAACAAUAUUGGAAAGAUGUUACUGCUGUCUACAAUAGUACCACCCCAAAAAACAGGGAACGACUAGUCAAGCAAGUGAAAGAUCGCUUUGGGAGAAUUAAGAAAAGGGUUGCAUGGUUUUGUGCGAGUUAUAAGGAGGCUAGUGCUUUGUAUGCUAGUGGUGAAUCUGAUGCAGAUUUAAAGAAGAGGGCAAUGCAAACUUAUGAGGAAGAUCACAAAAAAGAUGGUCCGCUUAUGUUUGAGCAUUGCUGGGAGAUUCUUAAAAAGGAACCAAAAUGGGACGCAUAUUUGGAACGCCUAGAAGAUCUGGAGCCGGACAAGAGGAAGUUUAGUGUUGAUGAUGAAGUAGGGAAGCAUUCCACUAUAGAUGAUGAUGAUGAUGAAGAUGAACGUCCACCGGGUGGCAAGCAAGCUAAGGAGAAGCAGAAACGAAAAAGAAAGGAUGAAGUUUGUAUAAUAGAUCUUGAAGAUGGGCUUCAAAAGUUUGUAGAUGCCCAGAAUGUAGCAAAUGAAGGCCGCAAAGAUACGUUAGAGACCCAAAGGCGUGUUUCUGCUGAGAAUCUUGAAGCACGGAAGCUUGCUCACCUUGCGGCAAAAGAUCACAAAGAGUCGGUCAAUGCUAGAAACAUAUCGCUCAUUGGUGAUGCAAGACACAACCGGGAUGCCUGAAGAUGUGAGAUCUGAGCAUGUGUUGGCAUUGAAGUGUUUAAGGGAGAAGCUAUUUGGCAAAAUGGUCUAAGGAGUGAGGUGUGAUGUGGUGAUUGCGGCAGCUGUUACUUAUAGUGGUUGAAGGUUAUUGAUGCAAAUGAGUGGUUGCUCCUUUCCAGCGAAGUACCCUCCAUGCUUUAUGACUUUUGUCAUCGUCCAGAUCAAAACUAUGAUUGUUGCUUGUGGUCGUGAACGGCUUGUUUGCCGGAGAUGUUAUCUAUUAUGUUUGCGGAGUGCUUUCUUAAAGACUUAUGUAAUCUUAAGUAAUUACUCAUGAUGCUAUGGAGUAGUAUGAUGCUGUGUGACAUGUUUGGAGUACUAUGAUGCUGUAUGACAUAUGUUUGUUGCCUAAA